AUGACUAAAGUACAAGUCAAUCUUAAGUUUGCUACUCGUCUAAUUAAUGAACAUUGUAUUGUCAUUCCAACUGUUUAUGAUAAAUACAAUCAUCGAAUUACAGGGAUGUCUGCACAAUGGGCAAUGCCAACUGACAAAAAACACAUUGCAAUAUUAUUUGGUGCAUUUUCAAAUACUGGAAAAUUAAUAGAAGAGUCCACAUAUUAUUGCAUUAAUGUACCAAGAACUUGCUCAAAAAAAGACAUUAUGUACUUUGGAAUGAAUCAUGGAGAUAUUAUUGAUAAAUUUUCACGUACUUCAUUCCAUCUAGAAAGUUUAGGAAAUGAACAAUAUCAUAAUCUUUCUAUUUGUGAGUCUAUUGCUGUUCUACACAUGAAAGUAUCUAAGGUUGUGAUGGUUGCAGAUGAGUGUGAGUUACAAUCACGAUUGAUCUUUGGAGAAAUUGUAGAUGCAUAUGUUGAUCCAUGUACAUUUGAUGGUGAGUUUUAUCAAUUGAAUAACGUUAAUGAAGAAGAUAGACCAUUACAUUGUAUUAAUGAAACAGAAUAUUGCACAAUAAAACCAAUUUAUUAA